AUGGAUCAAAAGAAAUGUAACAAAAUAAGAGAAAUUGUUAGACUUCAACAGAUCCUUAAGAAAUGGAGAAGAAUAGCAAACUCAUCAAAAACCACAACCACAACAACAACAACCUUAAACAACAGCCUCACUAGAAGCAAAAGCAUGAAGUUUCUGAAAAGAACACUUUCCUUAUCAGAACGAGAAGGAGGAACAACAACAACCUUAAACAAUGGUUCGAUUCCAAAAGGCUACUUAGCGGUUUGUGUUGGACAAGAGCUAAAGAGGUUUAUCAUACCAACAGAAUAUUUGAGUCAUCAAGGUUUCAUGAUUCUUUUGAGACAAGCUGAAGAAGAAUUUGGGUUUCAACAAGCUGGUGUCUUGAGAUUUCCUUGUGAUGUUUCGGUUUUUGAGAGUGUUUUGAAGAUGGUUGAAGAUGGAAAGAAGAAUGAGAAAUUGUGUAAUCAAGAAUGUAGGUCAAUUAGCAUUGAAGAAAUGAUGGGUUAUUGUUCUUUGGAAACUCAACUUGCUUGUUCUCAUCAUCCUCAAAGUCCAUUGUGUAGAUAG